AUGCGGGGCUUGAUUAGUGCCAUAUCUGGAACCGUUGCGCUGACUUUGCUGCUCAAUGCUGGCACUCUCGUCGUCGGUACCAAGACACCACAAAUUCAUACACUGCCUCCGCUUCGUGAGCAAGCAAAGAUAGUGGAUGCAUGGACCGAGGAGAGAAAGGACGCCAUCCCGGCGAUUCUGCGUAAGUAUGACAUCGACGCCUGGCUAAUCAGCCAGCGCGAAUAUGCUGAAGAUACAACUUUCUGGGCACUCAAGGACUUCAUCCAGUUCUCGGCGCGCCGAAGAACCACUCAGCUCUUCCUAGCCAAGGCACCGGGAAAUGGCUCAACGGAUUAUUCGUGGAUCGACAAUACACCACGCGUAUGGGAGGAAUUGAAGGAGAUCCUCGAGGCGGCGCAGCCACGUUCAAUCGCUUUAAAUACCGCCUCGGAGCUUGCAUUUUCGGGCGGGUUGCACGCUGGUGAGAAGGAUGCUAUUGCUGCCGGGCUCGGCAAGAAGUGGGCCGACAAGUAUGUGCUCGAGCCUAUGCUGGGCAUCGAACUCGUUGCUCUAAUGGUGGACGAUCGGCUGGAAUGGUAUAGCAAGCUAAUGGAGACUGCGUGGGCUAUCAUCGAAGAGGGAUUCAGCAGCAAAGUCAUCGUUUCUAACAAGACAACUACGGAAGACGUUGUGUGGUGGAUGCGCGAGAAGAUUCAAGCGCUGAACUACACAACUUGGUUCCAACCAGGUGUUUAUGUGCUUACGGAAGAUGAUCUUCCUGCCGGUGGCGACAAGAAUGAGAUGGACCCGAGAGACCAUGUCAUCAGAUAUGGCGAUAUCAUCCAUACAGACUUCGGGGUCACUGCUCUUGGCCUCAAUACCGACACGCAGCACCUAGCGUAUGUGUUGCAGCCCGGCGAGACAGCAGCUGAUAUCCCUCAGGGAUUUCUUGAUGGCCUGAAGAAAGUCAAUCGGCUUCAAGAUAUCACGAGAGAAAACAUGAAAGUUGGCCUCACCGGCAAUGAUAUCCUCAGAAACAUUCUCUCACAAGCGCACGAGGAAGGGAUUAAUGGCAAAAUCUACUGCCAUGCGACCGGCGAGUUUGGCCACAGUGCCGGAACGGUCAUUGGUAUGACGAACCUUCAGGAUGGUGUACCUGUUCUCGGAGAUCUUCCGCUGCUCAAGAACACUUACUACAGCGUCGAGCUGUUCGCUGAACACUUUGUACCCGAGAGAAACCGUACUAUCAUAUUUCCACAGGAGGAAGAUGUUUACUGGAAUGAGAAAACGGGCACAUGGGACUGGGUUUACGGGCAACAGACGGAAUUUCUCCUUGUCUAUCCCCCAGGUGAAAAGCCUAAACCCAAGUCAUUGGGAGAGCUUUAG